GCAUUCCCUGGGACAUAUACCGCUCAGAAGGGUAAAAUGCAAAAUGCUUUCAGUGUUCUUGGGAAGCAAAAUAAUCUAGACAGGAAAGGGGAAGCAUAUUAGAGAUUUGCCAAGAAGGUCUCUGCGUCUUAAAUGACUUUUCAGUUUUUAUGUCCACUCAUUUUCCGACAACCCAUUUACAUCCUUCAUCAUUUUCUUAGAAACUCUAAGAACAAUGUAAUUUACAAUACGUUGCAAGUCAGAACUUUUAGCAGACUUGGUAUCUUAUUUCUUUCUCUCUUCAUUGGUGGCUUAAUUGGAGACUUGGCAAUCUCACCGCAGACCCGAUAAGACUGUUCUGGGGGUGGUGGGAGAGCCCCGGCUUUUUUACCCAAAGGCAUUUCAAAAUUCAUUUCAGCUCCUGAAGCCUCUUCUUCCUUUAUGUUUGCCACCUUCUGAAGAGGCCAGACUAAAUCAGUGUGUGACAGGGAGUACUGACAAACGUCAGGGUGGUUGCCGGAGAAAACGCCCUCCCCGUCACGAAUGACGGAUGAGCAGAGGAGCCCGAGAACCCACAUGGAGGGAUCGAUUGUAGUGCUAGCGCCUAGAGAAUGUUCUGGGGAAGCCAUUCGCAUGUCGUGGUCCCCUCUGGGACACGGAAUGCACUGGAAGAGGAGGAGGAGGCAGGGAAUGGGGCAGUAGGAUACCAAUGUCCCUGUGUGCUCUCCACCCCACUUCAGCCAGCUGCAGGCAGAAGCGGAACUAGAACUCAGGGUCUGGUAUGUUGUUGGCUGGAGCAGUGUUCUUUCCACUGGACCAACAGCGGGGCUAAAGGUGGCCGGAAAUCAUUGCUGUUAGAAAGCGGCCAAGUUGCCCGCUCUGGCUCGUGGGCUAUUUUGUAAUUUAAGGCUGGACUCCUGUUUAGCAGGUGGCAUUGAUCCAUCGACAAUGCUCCCAACAGGCCCUCUGAUGCUGGAGGCUCUCUCCUGAGGAAGGAAUGAGGCGGGGAGAGCGAAGAGGACCCUUUUCGGGAGGCCAACGAUGCUCUGACGCUAACGGUAGCGGAGAUGACUCACCGCGGGAGGACUGCCGGAGGUGCCCAGUUGGAUCGGAAGGUCUCGGCCCCUGGUUCUAUCCUAGGGACGCUGGCUUUCGCCUUCUAUGUUCUGUCCGUGGGGUCUUCGUCCGUAUCGGUGACCAUCCCCCAAGAGCUGUGGUCCGCUUCCGGGAAGGUGGUGGUCAACGCCACCACCUGCACCGUCACCUGCGGGCUGGGCUACAAGGAGGAGGCCAUCUGUGAGGUGGGCCCAGAUAACGUGAAGAGGGAUUGCGUGAUCCAGCGCUCCGAGUGCCUGACCAAUUGGAUCUGCGGGAUGGUCCACUUCACCAUCCCCGUGGGGAAGGCAUUCGAGCUGAGCUGCCUGAGCUCGGAGAUCGUGGCGGUGGGGAGGGAGGCCUUCCGCUUCACCUGGAGGCUCGCCCGCGGGAUCAUCUCCACGGACGACGCCCUCUUCAAACCCUACCGGAGCAACGCCCAUUUCAUCAAGCUGCCGGCGGCCAGGGAGUCCGACUCGGGGACUUACAGGUGCGACGUGCAGCUGAUCAGAAACAUGAAGCCCGUCAAGAGGGUCUACUUUGGGCUGAGGGUCAUCUCCCACCUCCUGGUGAACCUGAACUUUGAUGAGUCCCUGACAGAGUCGCAGAAGUUGAUAGAUAGAGGUCAGGAGUCAGCGAUUCCCGACAACGGCACCAGCAGCGUGACACGGCCCCCGCCCCCCCUGCCGCCCCGCCUCCCACCGUGGAAACGGAAAGCCGGCAUGGCCAUCGGGGCGGGAAUCGUCUGUGGGGCGGUCGGGGGGGUCUUGGUGAGCUUAAUCCUCCGCUACUUGCUCAAGGUUUUCAAGAACAGAUAGGUUUGGGUGAAAUGGGGUCGGGCAAAUCUCCCAGGAGCCUCUCCCCCUCGAGGAUGGUCGAGGAGCGGAACUGACUUGCAUCCCUGUGUUUUGGCCAUGGGAGGAUGGGAAGGAGGUGGGAAGCAGAGGAUCCUCGGCUUGGGUCUGGAGUCCCCGGCCCAAGAGGAGGAAAGACACGUAGGGCCUGUGGGAGGUGAGUGAUUGUAGACCUGCUUAAGUGCCCAGAGGCUGGUUGGGGGAGAUGUGCAGAAGUGCCAGGGAUUGACUGAGGGGCAGAGAUCCAGUGUCCACUUUUUCUGCUUGGGCUCUCUGAAGGUUUAGUAUUCUUGAGGAAGGCUGGCUCUUUCUGCACUGACAGUGCAUUUUCUCUCUCUUUUUUUUCCUUGUUAAAAAUUCACCCUUGGCUGUCCUCUCCCCCAAAUAUUUACAUUUUUAUCAGGAUGUUAGAAUGAUAGAGAUAGGGAUAUUGUAGCUUUUCUACCUAGAAAAUAUAUGUCUCAGACUCUUCUUCAUGUUCUUCUCAAAGAAUAAAAUGGU